AUGCAUGCUGGCAGUGGAGAGGCUGUCAAGGCAGUCAAGGCCCACGAGCUCACGUCCAAGUCCAAGGCGGACCUGACGAAGCAGCUCGACGAGCUGCGCACCGAGCUCCUCUCGCUGCGCGUGCAGAAGGUCGCCGGCGGCGCCUCGUCGAAGCUGGCGCGCAUCAAUGGCGUGCGCAAGAGCAUCGCACGCGUCCUCACCGUCAUGAACGCAAAGACGCGCGCCGGGCUGCGCGAGAGCUACAAGGGCAAGAAGCACCUGCCGCUGGACCUGCGCGCCAAGAAGACGCGCGCCAUUCGUCGCCGCCUCACCAAGCACGAGCGCUCCCUCACCACCGAGCGCGCACACAAGCAGAGCGUGCACUUUGGCGCCCGCCGCUUCGUGCUCAAGGCAUAA